GGAUCCAAGUGUAAAGGAAUUAGUUGAACAAAUAGCAAAAGAUCCAUCAUUCAACCAAAUGGCAGAGCAACUCCAGAAGACCUUUCAGGGAGGUGAAGCAGGAGGUCUCCUAUAAUUUGAUACACAACAAUACUAUUCCACCAUGCAACAAGAUCCAUCAAUGUCUCAGAUGCUUGACAGUUUAUCUAAUCCAGCUCAAAAGGAUCAGCUUGAAGAACGGAUGGCACGUAUCAAAGAAGAUCCUUCACUGAAACAUAUUUUAGAUGAUAUAGAAACCGGUGGGCCCACUGCAAUGAUGAAGUACUGGAAUGACAAAGAUGUUUUGGUAAAACUUGGUGAAGCAAUGGGCCUUCCAGUCACAUGGGAUCCUACUACAGCUUUUGGUGGAAAUUCAGGAGCAGAAAAAAUUGAUGAGGGGCAAAGUAAAAUAUUAAAGGCCUUAGAGUCUGGUGCAUAUAAGGAUGAGGAAGAUUCAGAAGGAAGGACAACAUUGCAUUUUGCAUGUGGAUAUGGAGAGGUGAAAUGUGCUCAAGUUCUCCUUGAAGUUGGAGCCAAAGUUGAUGCUUUAGACAAGAAUAAAAACACCGCCCUUCAGUAUGCUGCUGGUUAUGGAAGGAAAGACUAUGUUGCUCUUUUGCUUGAUAACAGUGCUGCCGUUACGCUACAAAACAUGGACGGGAAGAUGCCAAUCGAUGUUGCAAAACUGAACAACCAGAACGAUGUAUUGAAGUUGUUGGAAAAGGAUGGGUUUCUUUAAGUGUAAGCUUUUGAGGGUGUUGUUGGUUAGUGAGUGUAAUGGAAAUGAUUUGGUUUUCAUUCCAGCUUGUUAUGCUACAUGUCUUGUGCUAAUUUUUUUAGUCAAAUCACAUGUUUGACCUCUUUAAUCAAUCGUCUGUCCUUUGUAAAGAGUGAAUGAUUAUAACAAAACAGUCAAGUUUCAUGUUUUUAUUCUGCCUCAUUUGGUUUCCGUAGUGGAUUUCAGAUAUUAAAUUAGGGUUAGAUAGAGAUUAGUUUAUAGGAAGGCACAUUUCAAGUCGUUGUAGCCUAGAUGGCUUACAAGAGCAUGGUUUCAAACUUCCGAGUAAUUAUUUUGGUUUUUUAUUUAAAAAU